AUGGAUUAAACUUUUUAUCAGAAUAUAUAGAAAAAAUUAGAGAACAAAUUAGAUUUCAGUAACAAAAAUGAUGAUCUAAAGAAUUUGUUACUUGAGUGUAAUAAAAUCUAAAAUGUACUAUUCAUUUUUAAAUUAAGAAUGUACUUGGUUAUAAAAUAAUGACUCAGAUAUUUUAAGCAAUCUAAAAAUCUGGGUAAAGGGUUCUUUUAAUGGAUUAAGAUCAAGUUUAAAUAAUUAAGACUUGUAAAUCUUUGGCUAUCUUGGGAUAUUUUUAUAAUCAAGAUUAAAUAAAAAUAUCAAAUAAAGACAAAGAGUUUAGAGAAAAUAUCAGAACACAAAUAGAUGAAUUAUAAUAAUAAGGUAACUUAGAGAAAGCCUUCUUGUUAGAUGAAGCAAUGAAAUGCAAAACUAAAGAUGAAUAUAUUGAAAUAAGCAACAUCAUAAAAAUAAUAGUAAAUUUAUUAAUAGAUUUUGGUAAUGAUUCAUUUCAUUUCACAUAAAUCUUUGAUGUCAUCUUAAAUGCUUUAUUACUUACAGGAAAUAAUACUACAAUAGGAAGAGAUAGUCAAUUAUUAUCUAUAUUAGAUAAAUUGCAAAAACUUCUUGAUGAUUCUACAUCACCUUAUUUAUGGACUAUAGUAAUGGAAUCAAUAUUAAAUGCUUCGACUUAUAUGGAAAAACCUACAGAUUUUGUACAACCUAAUAUGAUAGCAAGAAUAAUUAUUUUCAAAGUAAAUAAAUUAAAUUAAUUAGAUCCCAUAUAUUGAUGAUUUAUUUAAGUAUUUUGGUAAGUAUUUAGGAAGAUGUUAUAAAUUUGAAUAUAAGAUGUUUGAAUCUAUGUUAAAUUUUGGUGUUACACAAUAAACACUAGAAUUAAUAUUGAAAUUUAGUAAAUAAUUUGUUAAAGACUAUUAAACAGAAAUUUUAGUAGAGAUGAGAAAGAAUCUUAUACCAAAUCUAAUAAAGUAUAUGAAAACUAUCAAUUGUUUUGAUUAGAUCUAAAAUCUAUUUAAUUAUUUCUUAAUUUCAUCUUUUUAAUAAGUAGGUGAUCAAUAAUUAGAUUAAUAACAUUUUACUGAAAUUAUAAAUAAUUAUUAUAAGAAUUUUGAAUUAUACAGUGAUAAAUAAUUACAAAGAAUUGCUAAUUUCCUUGCAUUAUUACCAGAUAAUUUAAAGAAAAAAAAUAUAAAAAAUUAUGAAUAAUUAGAGUCAAAAUUAAGAAAGAAAUAUAUUUCAAUACCACCAUCACAUUCAAAUUAAUUAAUUUAAAAUGAGUAAAUACAAAUUUGGUUUAAUGAGGAAAAUUCAUAAAUAGAGGAUAAAUAACCAACCUAGAAAUUAGUAGGUUUAAGAAAUUUAUUAAAUAGUAAGAAUAUUUUAUAUUUUUCUUUUAAGCAUGCUACUUGAACAGUUUUAUCUAAGCACUAUUUUGGACUAUAGAUUUUAGAAAUCUUAUAAUUAAUGAAUUUAAAAGAGAAGAAGUUGUAUUUCUAAAACCAUUUAGUUUAAAAACAAACUUCCUUAGAGUAUUUCUAUAAUUAUAAAAUAUAUUAGUGCUUCUUAUUCUUAGAUUCAAUGAGUGAUGAAAUUGAUUAUACACCAUUAUUAUUAAAAAGAUCUUUAAGAGAACCUUAUAAAACAGAUGUUAGAUAAUAAGAUGCAGCUGAAUUUGGUGUUCAUUUAUUUGAGGAUAUGGAAAAUAAUUUUGAUCCAGAAGAAUAUGUAAAAAUUAAAACAAUAAAUUUAUAGAAAAAAAUCAAAGACAUAUUUUAUGGAAUGUCAAAAUCAACAUUUUAAUGUAAAAAAUGUGAAAAACCAACCAAAGGACCAGAUGAAGAAUUUAUGUAUAUCACAUUGAAUUUUGAAAACAAUAGAAAAGAAAAAGAUGAAAUUGAAAAAAUGAUAUUAAGACAUUAAAUGAAAGAAUAAAUUACUUUUAAUUGUGAAUAAUGCAAAAAUACUAGUCAAAGUACUAGAACUCUAGAAUUUUCAAAAUUACCUAAAAACUUAAUUAUUUAAAUUAAUAGAUUUGAAUUUCAAUAAGGAAUGAGAUCUAAAAUAAAUGAUUAAAUCAAUUUAAAACCAACCAUAUCAAUCAAAGAAAAUUAAAAAUAAUUAACUUAUGAAUUGUAUUCAAUAAUUAUACAUUUUGGAGAAAUACCAGAUGCAGGUCAUUAUACUGUAUAUUGUAAAGUUAAAGAUGAAUGGUAUAGAUUUGAUGAUAGCAUUGUAACUAAGGUUGAUAGAGAUUUUGAUAAAGUGUAAAGAAAUUUCAAGUAAUUUAUUAAUAAUCUUAUUAUUAUAGAAAAGAAGAAACCCCUUAUCUAUUAUUCUUUAGAAGAAAAGAUGGAUGA